GGUACUGUUUGUUGCGUCUUCGCAUCGGCGGCUUCAAUGUAAAUAAAAAGCAUUCUCACAGCUGUUUGCUGCAAAAUUACGAAGCAUUUUCGGAAAAAGAGCUCCAAAUUAGCGGAACUUUUCAACAACGGUAACGAACCUGCUCAUCAUUGUUCCUCAGAAGUGGUAACCCAUUUGCGUCGUGAACCGGGGUCCAUCCCCGACUGGAAGUAAGAUGAACCAACGCUACCUGUUCGCGCUUUGUGCGGUACUGCUUGGCUGCUGUGCACCGUCCUCGGGAGUGUUCUUCAACCACGGUGGCACCUAUUUGGGAUCGCUCAAGCAUCUCUUCAGGAAGUACUCUCAUAUGCGCGAGCCGGAACGACACCUAUCGCCAGUUGUUUUCGUACCCGGCGAUGGCGGUAGCCAGAUGGAUGCAAUCAUCGACAAGCCGAACAAGGUUUCGAUCCUGUGCCAGAAACACACCACCACGUUCUUUAACCUUUGGCUGAACAAGGAACUGCUGCUUCCCCUAGUGAUCGACUGCUGGAUCGACAACAUUCGCCUCGAGUACGACAAUGUGACGCGCACCACGUGCAACUCGCCCGGCGUUACGACGCGCGUGCCAGGCUUCGGUCAGUCGGAAACGGUCGAAUGGAUCGAUCCGUCGCACGCGUCGGUCGGUGCGUACUUUGUCAAUAUCGCCAAUGCGCUCGUUUCGAACGGGUACGUGCGGGACAAAUCGAUCGUUGGCGCACCGUACGACUUUCGCAAGGGACCGACUGAAAAUAAAGAGUAUUUCCUGCAGCUCAAAUUUUUGGUCGAGCAGACGUACACCAUUAACCACGACACACCGGUCACCUUUAUCGUGCACAGCAUGGGCGCCCCUAUGACACUGCACUUCCUGCAGCUACAAACGGCCCAGUGGAAGGCAAAGUACAUAAAGCGCGUCAUUUCGCUUGCCGGUGCUUGGGCGGGCAGCGUGAAAGCCUUGAAGGUGUACGCAAUCGGCGAUGAUCUCGGUGCGUUUGCGCUGAGCGGUAAGGUGAUGCGUGCCGAGCAGAUCACCAACCCGUCUUUGGCCUGGCUGCUCCCGUCGCCACUUUUCUGGAAGCCGAACGAGGUGCUCGCACGGACCCAGUCGCGCGUAUACACGAUGGCACAGAUGGAAGAGUUUUUCGAGGAUCUGGAGUACCCGAACGGGUGGGAAAUGCGCAAAGAUUCCCUGCCGUACACGCUUAACUUUACCGCACCCGGUGUGGAGCUGCACUGUCUGUACGGUAGCAAAAUCAACACUGUUGAAUCCUUGGAUUAUCAGAAAUCGUACGAUCUGAGCGGCACACCAGUCCUUAAGAUGGGCAAUGGCGACGGUACGGUCAAUUCUCGUUCGCUGGAAGCUUGCCUGCAGUGGACAACGCAACAGAAGCAAACGAUCGUUGCCAAAGAGUUCCCAGGGGCCGAUCACAUGAGCAUUCUGGCGGAUGUAAACGUUAUCGAUAACAUCGUGAAGCUGCUCCUGUCGGACGUUGCUAACUGAACAGGACACACCCCUACACAUACCGCUCGUUUCGAAAGAGGAUGGUUUUUUGUUUCUUUGGAUAGAGUUACUGUGGUGCCAUUAUUUGUAGACUACUUCCCCCUCGGAGGAUCCUUUCCCUCAUAACAAGAAGACUUCGCAUACCCAACUCAACGCAAAGACUCGAUAGCUCUAAUGUGAUGUUUAGUAGCUUGAUUAUUGUUUAAAAGUGUAGCACGUUUGCACUACCAGCCGGUGUAUUGCAAACGACCACCGCCAUGAAUCUCAAACCACAAAUGUCCACUAGACGGUGCGCAUUUACCGUAGCACCUUAGCCUUGUUCUGUUAAAGCAGUUCAAUAAAGCAAUUUGAAACCAAAGUUUUAAA